AUGGACAGCGUGUUUCUAUACGAAGAUUGCGAUGGCGUCAAAGACAAAAUCAACAGAAUUAUUAAACAGGAAACGGAAAAGGAUGAAUAUUUUGAAGAAGCCUUCUACAUGGUUGAUAUGGAUGAUGUCAAAGGAAAGCUGAAACAAUGGCGCAAGUAUCUUCCCAGAGUGAAGCCAUUCUACGCUGUCAAGUGCAACAACGACCCUCAGAUCCUCUCUCUCUUAGCUGACCUCGGUGUCUACUUUGACUGUGCCAGCAGGAAUGAAAUGACCUCUAUUCUUGGUUUGGGCGUGGAGCCAUGCAACAUCGUCUACUCCCACAGUGUCAAAUGCCGCAGAGACAUCAGAUAUGCGGCGGCUGCUGGUGUUGAUUUGAUGGCAUUUGACAGCGAGCAUGAACUCAUCAAAAUAAAGUCAAUUCAUCCCCACGCAAGAUUGUUGCUGAGAAUAAAACCGUCAGAUAAAUAUGACGUGCAAGACCAGUUAAGCAUCCAGUAUGGAUGUAAAGAGCACCAAGUCCGGCCUCUUCUUGCAGCCGCUAAGAGAAUGGAACUGAAAGUGGUGGGCAUCAGUUUCCAUGUUGGAAGUGGAGUCGUGGAUGGCCGUGUGUUCAUUGAUGCCAUAGAAAGAGCUGACAGAGCCUUUGCCAUUGCCUCCGAACUCAACAUUUCUCUGAGUGUCCUGGAUAUUGGAGGGGGUUCUUCGGGAAGACGAGAGCUCCUGUGGAAUUUAAAGAGACGAGAGAUGUGUGAUCUAAGAGAACUAGAGCAGAUGCUAUCUGAUAGAAAUGACAUGCACUACCUUGUGUGCUGGCGAUUAGGUGCCCAGGAGAGCGUUGCAGGCCACAUCAACAUUGCCCUCGAGGACCACUUUCCCGCUAAGAGAGGAGUAAGGAUAAUAGCAGAACCUGGUCGCUACUUUGUGGCAUCGUGUGCGACCCUGGUCGUAACAGUUAUCGGGAAGAAGGUGAUGCAAGAUGGUGUUGAGGAAGAAUUCCUUUACUUUCUGAAUGACACUGUGUUUGGUACUUUCAACACCUCCUUUCGGAAAUGCACUGAAGCGAAACAACCGUCGUUGCUAAAGACUCCACUGAGUGAGGUGACUUUCAAGUGCAGUGUCUGGGGACAGACGUGUGGAGGUGACGACUGUCUUUUCAGGGAGUGUCAUUUACCAGAGCUUGAAAUCGGGGACCGGUUGUUUGUGGAGAAUGUUGGCGCUUACCCAAUGUCGUUGAACAAAGGCAGGGCAUUUAAUGGAAUGCCACAACCGACACCAAUGUAUGUCUGCUCCAAACAAAUCUGGAAAUCCCAUUACUGUGAAACAAGAGGAAAACGCCGGAUCAACAGCAGGAACGGGGACAGGUGUGUUCUUGCAGUAAAAUGAACCAGUUAGCACGCGGAUACACAGGGAGGGAGUAAGGAUGCCGGAUUGAAAUGCCUCUGGAUUGAAAUGAACUUGUAUUUGGAAAUGAACUUUGAAAUGUACGAUCAUACACUUUUGGAUGUGCUACAUAUAUGUUUGCAAAAUGUACAAUGUACAAGUUGUAAAGGUGUCGCAAACAUAUCAGGUUUUGUGA